AUGACCGUCCCCUUCACCGCUACACAGUUCGUCGCCUACGAGUCGAUUUCUAAGGUUAUGAACCCCUCCGGAGAUUACGACCCGUUCACCCACUGCAUUGCGGGUGGUCUCGCAGGCGCUUUCGCAGCUGGUCUCACGACACCACUCGACGUGGUGAAGACGCUCCUCCAGACCCGCGGUUUGGCACAGAACGAGGAAAUUCGGUCGGCGAAGGGUCUUUUCAACGCCGCGUCCAUUAUCAAGCGGCAGUUCGGUUGGAGUGGUUUCCUGCGUGGCGCUCGUCCCCGUAUCAUUUCUACAAUGCCCAGCACAGCCAUUUGCUGGACCUCUUAUGAAAUGGCCAAGGCGUACUUCAAGCGCCAGGAGGUCGCCUAA